UGCUACACUCGUUUCGGACUAAACUAAAGAUGGCGUUAGACGUCCGUUUAUCUCGUGAUGUGGACGAACCAUGGGGGUUCCAGAUCUUCGGCGGAGCUGAUGAAGAGAUGCCUUUGACGAUACAACAGAUAGAACCUGACUCCCCGGCGAAGCGAGCUGGCCUGCUGAACGGCGACACGAUCCUGACCUUGAACGGAGAAGAAGCCAUCGACAUGUCUCUGCUGACCGCCAGCCGAAGAGUCGAGGAGUCAGGGCAUAGCCUCACAGUUGGAGUCCUGCGCGGCCUUUACGAUCCGGUCCUAGACGACUCGGAGCCGUUGUACUACGAACCGGAAGAUUUAGGCCUACAAUCAGAACCGACUGAGGAAGAAAUAAGAGAGAUCGAGCGCAAAUCCUCUCUACUAGCAUCAGCGAUAGACGAGACCAUAAAAAGCAUAGAAGAAUACAAAGAAGAAGUAGGAAUUGAGACGAAAAAAGAAGUAAAAAAGGAGGUUAAAGUCCAAGAAUUCAAAGAAGAAAAGAUUUCAAAGAGCUAUAAAGAAUCUUACACAUCAGAAGAAAUAAUUAAAAACGGCUUUGAUGACUUAGAUACUAAGAUAGAAGAAAUGCUAGAACAAUGCAACACAAUGACUGUUGAAAACAAAACAGACUCAGAUAAUCCUGAAAAUGAGGGAAUUGUUACUGAAAUUGAAGAAACCAAAACAAGAAGAAUAAGUAUUGAAAUUGAAUCUCAAAGCCCAAAAGAGAACAAUAAAGAAGAUACUAUCAAAGUCGAUAUAGUUGAAAUUGAAACUCAUGCUCAUGAUUAUAAAGAAGAAAAUGCGAAAGCAGACACUGAAGUUGUAGAAACAUCUACUGUAAUAGUAAAAGAGAAAGAAUCUUCAGCGGUUGACACUUUAAAAGAAGAUACAAGUGUUGUAGCAGACAAAACAGAGAUGAAAGAAGAAUUGAAACCAGAGUUUACAGCAGUAGAAUUGAAAACAGAGUCUACUGAGGUGGUAGAAGAGAAGAUAGAUCCUCUAACACGGGUUAGGCCGGUAGUCUUCGAUCCAGAAAAUAUUCAGCGGCGAGGACAAGAUUUUAUGCCUAUACAGGAACCUAUGGGUACUUCUGAACCAAGGCAGUCUCCAUAUAUAACUGAGACCGGAGAACUAAUAGGCACUAUACAAGGAAUAGUCGAUGGGCUAGAAGAACCGGUGAUGGAUGAAGAGCUCGCUAAAGAGCUUGGCAAACCGGGUAUUUCUGAAGAAAAGAUAGCUACACUAAUAUCAGGGGAAGCAGAGAUGCUUAGGGAAGCCCACGUGAUGGGGCUGUCUCGAGUACUAUCCUCACAUAUGCAUCGUGCGGACGAUGACAGCGUCGAUUUCCAGAAAAUCAAGCCAAUGAUCAACUCCUUAAAAGACUCAGAAGUAUUGAAAGCAUUAAAUGAAGAACUAGAGAGGCAGAGACAGGAAGAGAAAAAGAAGGAGGAGAAGAAGUGGACGACGUUUCUGCAGAAGCCGAAGCGACCGGUGCCGAAGGCGAAGUUUGGGUACCCAGGGUGGACGGAGGAUACGCAAAUUGUUGCGGAACCAUACAAAGUGAAAAUAGUGAAACAAGCUAAACCUAAAGUAGCUCCUGAUUAUAAACCAGAGGACUUUGAAACUGGUCCUCUGCCCUGGGAGGAACGCGCGGCAACUGAGUCCUCUCGCCCUCCUGUAGAGCCGGAGGAACCUAUCCUCAUUCCAGAGGUACCGGAGUUUCUGGAGGCUGUCGACCCUUUGAAGGAGAGCGAGGUUCCUGAUCUUGAAGAGACAGGUAUACCCCUUCCGCCACCAAAAGAACCAACUCCUCCACCAGUCAUAGAAGAGAAGCAACCAGAACCGGAACCGAUAGCAGAAGCACAAGAAGAAGAACCAGAAGUUGUCCCAGAAUUGAAAGAAGAGAGAGAAGAGACAAGAGAAGAGAUGGAGAAUAGAAUGGCGCAACAGUUAGUGAAAAGCGUACAAGGGAUGGUUGAUCCAAACGCCAGCCUAGAUCAACAACUAGCCCAGAUGCGAGCUCAGCUUGCAGCGCUUGCUCAGCUUCCGGAGGUGAUCCAACAAUCCCUGGAAAUGGUCUCCAAACAGCUCACCAAGAUUUCCCAUCAGGAAGUCCAUAUGGAGGUUUCGCAUUCUGAAGAACAAAGCUAUCAACAGGUUGAAGCUACACAAAACCAUGAAAUGCAAACCAUUCAGGAAGUGAAUGAGAACAACGUAGAAGCAGUGCAGAAUGAAGUGCAGAAGAACGAAGAAACGAAGAAUGAAGAAGCUGAACAGAAGGUAACGAUAGAAGAAGUAGCCAAUCAGGAGAAUGAACAAAGAAUUCAACAAGAACAGCAGAAUAUCGCAAGAAUGACUCCUGUUAUGACAGAAGAAGAAAUAAGAAAUGAAAAGCAGAGGAAGGAACAAGCAAGAAUAGAACAUGAAUCUCGUCUGGUCAAGCAACAUCCUACGCCACGGGCAUCAAAGCCGAAACGCGUCUUCGGACCUCUGGACCCAGAUCAGACUCUUGCCGUCGUCCUACCUGGUGGUAGACGCUGGAGGAAAACCCAAGAUGUGUAUGAUGAGCAGAUGAUCAAAGAAAUGUUUGAAACUCAGUCUGAAGUCAUCAAGGGAAAUGCGAUUGGGUUUGAGAACAAAUUCGAAAGCGAACUGCUUCCAUUUGACAACAGGAUAAACUUCAUGAAAUACGAAAAACCUCCCGUAUCUCUGGACCACCUGAAGCAUUCGGAGGUUUACAAACUGGUCCACGAUAUGGACCAAACACCGUUGAAGAGAGUUGAAAUGAGGACUCCUGUCAUCUGUGAAGCUGAUUAUAGAGAGCGUUGCCGUUCAAUGACACCGUCAGCUGAGAAGAAACACCUGCAAAUACCCCAGCAAUUUCAUCCUUAAGUACAUCGAUAUAGAGUUCUAAAUAAGAGACAAGUUAUUGAGCUUCAUUAUCAAUAUCAGCUAUAUACUGUCCACGGCCUCUCAUUGGCCUCCCCUAAUGACUUCUUUAGGGAGACUAGAAAUAGAUUAUGGUGAAAAUAAACUGGUUUUGAUUAGUAUUUAGCUCGAUAAUUUGUAUCUUUGUAGUUACAUCAAGAUUACAAGUACAGUUUGGCAAAAAUGAGUUCGGCAUAAUUGAGGUCGCUAGUGUCGUACCUACCUGUUGCAAUCUGGUACACUACGACUCAACAGGUUUUGAUAUUUGUUAUUUAUAUCGAGUUUAUAAUAAAGAGGUCCGGAUAAUAGGGUUGUUUCCUAAAUUUUAUUUUAAUGUCCGUCUGGUACAUUAAUUUAAAACUUUAGA